GUAUGCUGUAACAAAAAAAGAGAGAUAGCUAAGACUGACACUUCAUUAAUUGGACAAGACACACAACUGAUGGGUCGUGUCAAAAUUAGAGAAGUCUUAUUCUAAACUAUGACCCCCAUAAAGACUUUCCCUGAGCUAGGGACAGGCCAUCUGAUGGUAUCUCAUUAAGUGCCAGUUUGAUGGGACAUGUUAUAACUGGGCAGGUCGUGCUGACAGGAAUUCUAAUUCUUCUCUAGGAAGGGAGGGACAGCCAGAGAGGGCACCUGCAAACUCUUCUACAUAGCAUCAACUGAACUCACUCGUGAAAUGACUUUUAUGUAAGGGAUUUAUGGAUUUAUUGUCUCCUUUGAUACUGCGUGUCACUGACAUUGUCGUCUUUGUGUCACGGGCGAGACAGAUAGCGGAAAUGAUUGCCUGACACUUAAAAAGUCUGUCUUAGCUUAGAGUUACGGUGUAUUGCAGGGAUACAUUUUGCUGAAUACGUCAGGUGCCUCUAUAGCUAUUUGUAUACCAAACAGUGCCAUUCUUUUGUCAUUUUAUAUGUGAAUCUCAACAGAACUUUCUUCACAGGAGACAACUUAGCCUUUAAUUCAAGAUUCACCGAUCAAGUAGGAAAUUUCUUUUAACCUGAGAGAGGCUUGGUGAAGUUUGUUGCAUUUUUUAACAUUAAUCACUCCUAACAAGAUGGCGGGAAUAACAUUCCAAAGCUGGCAAAAGAAGAGGACGAGAUCUCUGGGGGAUCUUUGGCAGUCUUACAGACGGGGAACUAAAUAUCAGUGUCCAUGUGAGAUGUCAGGUCAGGAGAUGCCACAGUGGGCUCUGGUGGAUCGCAAUGGUGUGCCUCACAAGCUCAAACACAGUAUGGUAUUCCUUGGCAGAGACGAGUGUGAUAUAUCCCUACAGUCACGAAGUGUUGAUAAAAGGCAUGCUGUUAUCACUUUUGAUCAUUAUUCAAAAAAGUUUAAAAUCAAAGAUCUCAGUAGUCUGAAUGGGACAUAUGUGAAUGAGUCAAGGAUCCCAGAACAGACCUAUGUAGCUCUUGAAAACCUAGAUACCAUAAGGUUUGGCUAUGAUCCUAUGGUGUUCAGAAUAGAGGAAACAGAUGGGACGGGAGAACAUAUGUCACCUGACCGACCUCCUGCGUGGGCCAGUAAGGAAGUCUCGCCCAUGGCUGAAUGUCAGGGCUGCAUUGUAGAACAGGACAUUAAGCACACCUGUGGAGGAAACCCAGAACUCGGAGACACAACAGAUGAAAAACACGACCCAGUCCCACACACAUGCAAUGGACACGGAACGUACAAUCGAUGGCAGAUGCGCAGGAGACGCUCACAUGAUUAUGCAACUGCUUUCACAAAUGGAGUCUACGGUAAUGGGUUAAGGUGCAGCAAAUCUCAGGAGAAAGUUUAUGAAAAUAGUUAUGUCUCGACAAGGACAUCUGCCAACCCCUCAGCAUCAUUCCAUCCAAAUUAUUCAAGGAGCGAGACUAAUCUACGUGCCAUGCAACAACGAAGUCCAGUUAUCCCGUACUCCACUGGGGAGUCAAGAACAAUGUCUGGGUCGAUUACGCCAGGAAAUGAGUCCAGAUCUCGAUAUCUCUACGGCGGCCUAAGCUAUACACAGUCUGUGCCAAGUUUAGAAAGGAUUGCACAUCCUGGUUUCAGUAUCACACAGGAGAUUGAUUAUGGAGAGGGAAAAGAUCCCGCGCAAUCAGACGGCACAUCUACCACAUUCCAGGCCAGGCUAGAUCACAGGAGAAGUUUGACAGGUGAAGAGGAAUUGGCAACAGUGAAGAAAGGGACUCCACUCUACGGUCAGCCGUCCUGGUGGGGGGAGGAUGACCAAUGGUCAGAUGAUAAGGCUAAAACUGACCACAAUCAGAACAGUGGCCAGGCCAGAGAUAAACAAGCCAGAGAUAGGGAGGAGAGAGUUAUGAACGGUGACAACAAUAGCCAUCAUGACAGGCCCGCCUCUCUUCCGCUGGAACAAAACAACAACAAGGCCAGCAACGGUGUAAAGUAUCAGACUCAAGAGAAAUACAAGCAUGUUUAUAUGGAUAUACCUAUAAGAGACUCACCAACUGAAAAAUCUUUGCCACCUGAGAGAGACAAAAUGGCAUCAACUGAAAAAGUUUCCGCAGAAGAGAUAGUGACAGACAAAGAGAAGUUGGAUAGGUCGUCAUCGUCUGCCGUGGCAUUCAGUGUGGAGUUUUCAGACAGUGAGGAGACCAAAUCACCUAAGAUAAGCAUGUCAGAAAGCCUUAGUAAGUUCCUACCCCACAAAGUACGGAGGAGUCUGCGUGAGAAACGUGAGAAGAAGGAAGAGAGGGAGAAAGAGCUGAGAGAAAAAGAGCAAACCCUGAAAGAACAGGAAGUGAUCUCUCCCACGCGGCAGAAGAAACUGGACGACCUCUGGGGAAGCCCUAUGGAAAAGGGCAAGCACUCGAAGUCUAUACGACAAAGUACUGGUUACACAUCAGAGGGCCAUUCUCAACCUAGUGACCACGAGCAAGAGAUAAGCAUAAAAAGUGAUACUGCUGUGACUAGAGGUAAGAAGCCCCCUCAGCAACCACCAGGGCAAACUCGCACCCCAGGGGAGAGAAAGCCAUCCAGUCGGGCCACAGGUGGGAGUACAAAGAAAGCCACAGCUCAGUCCCAGCAACAGUCCCCAGGGGUGCAAGGAAGCCCCAAGCAGGGCAGUGGUAACAGAGACAAGACCAAAGAUUCUGCAGCACUAUCAGCCAGUCAGUCGUCAUCAUCAUCAUCCUUCCUCAUUGAGAAAAUGUUUGAAAGCACCUCCAGGCCUGGGGCCAGAGACCCUAGGGGGAGAGACCCUGGGGGGAGAGACCCUGGGGCCGAGGAGCCCACGGAAUAUGCUCUGUACAAAGAGGCCCAGUCCUACGACACACAGGAAGGGAAGGCUAGGUCGGCCACUUUACCCAGACCCAGGAGGAGCCCCAAGGACAGCAGCUCACAAAUGAAGAAGUCACAGUCAUUUGACCAGAAUGAUUUACAGCUCCAAGACAUGGAAACCAAUUCUCCUGUUGGUGAUGACAAUAAAAAUGAUUCAGAUAGUGUGAGUGAGGCAGGGACGUAUACAAUAGAGGGAGACGAAAAGAGCAAAGAGGAAGAGGCUAUCUCAAGAGAAAAUAUUGAUAAAGUUUUUAAUGUGGGAGACAGUUCUGUGAUACUAAUACAACGACCUGUGAUAGAAAAUGGGGUCAAUGAGAAAGAUGAAUGUCAAGGCCUUGACCUUGAAAGACAGGAAGGUGAAGGUCAAGUGGAGGAUCUGGACACACUGGAAAAGGAGAUUGAAGAAUUGGAACGGGAGAGAGCUAAUUUGGGGGUGGCCAAUAGUAUGGAGGCGGAGAUAGGCAGCACAGCACAGACUGACAAGCUGUUUUCUGGUAAGCCCAGGUGGGUGCAGGAAUGGUCAGCCAGGAAGGGGAACUCUGUGGACAGCAGCAAGGAGACAGAAGAUGACGAUACAUUUGAUGCAGAUUCCCUAACAGCUAAGCAGCCCCCUGCUGUAAGCUCUCGUAAGCGGAUAGGCACAGGGCGUAAGCUGCCCACUCCACCCACCCCCAGGGGCAGCAGUGGUGAGCCCAGCCCCAGGAUCUCAGGCCAUACCUCCAGGGAUGGCAAGGACAUCAGCAGGUCUGAGCCAUCAACACUGAAGAGGGUCACUGCAAAUGGUGGCAGCGGUGGGAUGAAAACAAGCCGUAGCGAAGUUAGUGAAAUAUUUGCCAGUGAGGGCAGGAGAGUUACCCCCGAGAGAACUCCCGUGGAAAGGAAGGGCAGACGACAACAGCCUGACUAUGAAGACAGUAAAAGUACAAUGAGUAUUGACACAGAGGUGCUGUUACGGGACACUGCUCAUGUCAUGGCCGCCAUGCAAGCCAGAGUAAGGAAAGGUCAGCAGAAACAGUCUGGUGAUGAAGGGUCUGACUCUGACUCUAGUACCCAUGUGAUGGUCAACGGAGCCAAUGGUGCUAAUAGACAACCCGCCUCAAAAUCUGCCACAGAGCAGCACACUCCUGGCAGCAAGACAGUCAGUGGUGCAAGUCCAUAUCGUGGUUCACGUCAGUCAUUCCCAGUCAAAACUUCCUCUCCUCCUCCUUCCCAGAAACCUACGCAGUCUUUGUGGAGGAAAGGACCUUAUAACCCUCCAAAGGGGGAGCCACCGGCUGCUUCUGUGGUUUCUGAUUUAUUAAGUGAAUCUGAGUCCAGAUCUGCAAGAUCUGAUGAUGCCAGUACUGACAUUAGUGAGGAAAGUCCCAUGUUGUCACGGAAGACUUCCAAAGGGAAAGGAGCCAUCACUGCUACCAGGCCUAACAGAGCCUUUCAGCUCAGACGAGCACGGACAGAAACUGAAUCAGACACAUCUAGGUCUGAAGUCUCUGCUGCCUCAUCUAGGGCAACGUCAGCAAAGACAGGUAGUGCCAAGACAAUCAGGCUAGACCGCGGUCUGCCACUGGGAGAAGUGAGGUUAGCUUAGGGGCUGCAAUUGUAAAGAAAAGUAGAGAAAAUAACGCCAAACAGACACCUACAUCAUCGCAACCAUUUUCACGCAGGGACGGUGGAAG